AUGGCACAAGGUCAAGGUUCUCACGUCCUCGUAGUUGGGGCAGGUUCCAUGGGAUUGAUCACGGGCUAUAUCCUCCAGCUAGCAGGAGCCAAGAUAACAUUUCUCAUACGCCCUCAUCGGGCUGAAUCGUUGGAUCGACCCCAAAAGCUUUAUAGCUAUGACGACAACCAGCUGAAGACUUUCACGGGAUACGACUACAUCACCAAUCCAUCAGAUAUCUCUGGCACAGACUAUGAUUUCAUUAUUAUCACGCUCGAUGGUGCAGCUUUGAAAAAUGAGGUUGGCGAAACCCUAGUCAAAUCCUUGGGGAAGGCAGUCAGAGGAACUAGAGCGAAGAUUAUAUUGGGCACUGUCUUUUUUAACUUGAUGCCGUGGUUCUUGAAGACAGCCAACCUCGAAAGUGAACAGGUUAUCAGCGGUCAGCUCUGGAUCCACAUUUACCCGACCAGUGCUGUCACAUUGCCUGUCCACGGUUCUGAGGAUGUGAAGUUGAUUGCUCAAGCAGAUCAGGCUUACACAGAUUGCCUUGGACAGGGAUUUUCCGUCGAGAACAGUUCACCAGCCAUAGCAACAGCAUUCGCGGAUUUGUGGAAUUCCAGUGGUGUCUCGAAAUGCGGUGUGGUUCCCAAGGAAGAAUCAGCUGUAAAUAUGACCUCUUUCUUCCCGAUACUGGCAGUAUGGGGGCUCUUGGACUGGCGAAACGCUCAGAAAUUCGAUGCCACAGAUCCACUUUGGAUUCUUGCUGUAAAGGCAGUGAAAGAAAUUCAAGGACUUGGGCUUCAUGGUGCGGUAGGCCAGCAGGCAGCAGCUGCUACAACUGAGGCGAGCUUAGUACAGGUGUUCGCUGGAAUGGACAAGGUGAUGCCCCUGAACUUGGAAGAGUUCAACCGGUAUCAUCACGGUGGCAAGGUUAACACUCAGGAUCGUGCCCUUCUGCACGCUUGUAUCGAACAGGGGGAUGCCGAAGGAAAGUCCAUGACCGCAUUGAAAGAUUUGGUACGGCGUAUCGAAGCUCAAGCGCCCAGAGAAUAA